AUGGGACAAGUGAUCUGUGGAUGCUUGGGCCACGAGACGCCAGAUCACGAAUGCAACAAAACACUGGAGCAGUGUUGGGAGCAAGAACAGAGAGGAGCACAGCGUCAAGUUGACUCCACACCGACUAGUUCCAGACGUGACAAGAAAAUGAGGAAGAUCAAGAAAAGAUACUCCAUAAGAGAGCAAGAGGGAGUUAUCUCAGAGAGUCUGGAGGCCAGCACAUCUGAAACAAAGACUGAAAGUAUUCGAGGAAGAAAGAAAGAUAGGGAAAGUAGGAGAGAGAUGAGGAAGAGAGAGAGAAAGACAGAUGAUGCUGAAGGUAUAAGGAGAGAAUCAACACUGAAACCGCUGGUGAAAAACUCGGCUUCAGUACCUGUGAGGUCAAAGAAAACCAAGAAAAGAGCCAAAGAUUCAGAGCAACACGUGAACGUAUCGGAACUCAAGAGAGAGAUGAAGAAGAUGCAGACUGACACCAAAACAAGUCCUGCGGUUCACAGAAAGUCUAGGAAGGAAUCCCGAGACGCUUCUCCAUUGAGCAUCGAUACCUUAACACUUUCACUACCUCCUACACCGAUACAAGUCGCUCCAUGCCCACCAGCUUCAGCAGCUGAGAGGGUAAAAUCCUGUCAUCCAUCAAGGCUGGAGCCGCUGGUUAUACAUGUUCAUCCUCAACCCUCAACUGCAACACCUGAGAGAUCAGAGGUGAGACGUUCAAGGAGGAAACGGACGAAGGAAGCUGAAAACAUGGAUCAUGAAGUGCCUAAACCGCUGGUGAUACGUGUUAAUCCUCAACCCGCGACUGCAUCACCUGAGAGAUCAGAGGAGAGACGUUCAGUAAAUAAACCGAAGAAGGGUGACAAGAAAACGGAUCAUGAAGUGCCUGAACCGCUGGUGAAACUUUUUUAUCCUAAACCAUCAACUUCAUCACCUGAGAGAUCAAAGAUGAGACGUUCGAGGAGGAACCUGAGGAAGGAAGCAGAAAACAUGGAUCCUGAAGGGUUUCAUCGACCUGCCUCACCCGACCCGAAUCCUGAACAGACGGAGGUGACAAAAUAUGAAGCUGUUCCACCAACACCAGCACCAACAGCUGAGAUGGUCAAAUCCCAUCAUUCAUCAGUGCCUGAACCGCUGGUCACGUCACAGUCUGAUCUCUUUACACGCCUGGUCCUCGUGGACAUCGAAGAUGAAGAUGAGGUGCAUAUCAUCACUCCAUUUGUGCUGAAUGACACCAGACAGAGAAGACCUAAGUCCAUGAGGAAAAAACAACCGAUGUUUAGUUGGAUGGAGGAGAACAAACAGAUGCUGGAGAGUGAAAGAUCAGCGAAGAAACUGAACAAUGCCAAAGACACGGACGAUUCAGGAUCAUCUCCUUACAUCCCAUAUAAAUAUACCGAGGCGAUAUCACUGUCAGCACCUUCAUCCCAGUCUGAUCUCAUCGUCAUGGACAUGAAUGAUAACAGCGAGUCUGAUGAGCCUGAUGUGAAGUUCAUCUCUCCAUUUGAGCUGAAGGACACCAGACACAGAAGACCAAAGCCCAUGAUAAAAGAUCAACCGAUGUUUUGUUGGAUGGAGAACACGGAGAUGCUGGAGUGUGAAAGUAAAAUGGAUGAAGUCCAGCCAGAAGCUCCAGAGCAGCAGGAGACACCUGUGAGAAAACGCCACCCAGAGAGCAACACUGACAAACAACACACCCUUCGGAAAAAGAAAGACGCUCAUGAAAACAUCAUCAUGACAGCUCCUAAUGGUCCCGCUGGAGAUACCCAAGAUCACCUGAAAGGUUCAAAGAAGACCAAAGCUGCCAGCAAAACAAAAGGAUUGUUUGUUCUUCAUCACUGGCUUGAGAAAAAGACCAAAGAACGACAGGAGGAGAAAAUGAGAAAAGAAAGGGAAAUAAUAGAAACACAGUCACUGCGGGAGAGAUACCUCAACAGUCCAGCAUUGAAGCAUCUGUGUGUUAAUAAGAACAACUCUUACUAUAUCCCGAAUCUCCUUCUCUAA